GCGCUGUUCUAGGACGAUAUGUGUCAACUGCUGUCGGUUUUCUGCUCUGAACACUUGUUAGUAAUAAUCAACCCAUAAAGAUUCAUUCUGGCGUUGGAUCGAUGGCCACUGCUGCCCUGGCCCCAGUGGCUGCACGUCCACCCUCCAGGUCAGACCAGCAGCACAAUGGAAAUAUCCAAGAACCUAGUCGACCUUUGCGUUGGAGAGUAAUUGACGAUCAACCACAUGUUGGAAAAUAUAAGUUUAUACGAACUAUUGGCAAAGGAAAUUUCGCUAAGGUCAAAUUAGCCAGUCAUGUUAUAACCGGGCAGCAAGUUGCUAUCAAAAUUAUUGAUAAAACUCAGUUAAGCCCUUCAAGUCGUCAAAAGCUUUUCCGAGAAGUUAGAUUGAUGAAAUUAUUGGAUCAUCCAAACAUUGUGAAGCUUUUUGAAAUCAUAGAUAAUGAUAAAAUUCUAUAUUUGGUGAUGGAGUAUGCAAGCGGUGGCGAAGUCUUUGACUACCUAGUUGCACAUGGUCGAAUGAAAGAAAAAGAAGCACGUGCUAAAUUCCGUCAAAUUGUUUCUGCUGUACAAUACUGUCAUCAAAAGCAUAUUAUUCAUCGGGAUUUAAAAGCUGAAAAUCUUCUCCUUGAUGCUGAUAUGAAUAUAAAAUUGGCGGAUUUCGGUUUCUCAAAUGAAUUCAGUCCAGGUACAAAACUGGAUACUUUCUGUGGGAGCCCUCCUUAUGCAGCACCUGAAUUAUUCCAAGGUAAAAAAUAUGAUGGUCCUGAAGUUGAUGUCUGGUCACUGGGGGUUAUUUUAUACACAUUAGUCAGUGGGUCCCUCCCAUUUGACGGCCAAACACUUAGAGAAUUACGUGAACGUGUUUUACGCGGCAAGUACCGCAUUCCUUUCUACAUGUCAACGGAUUGUGAAAGUUUGUUAAAGAAAAUGUUAGUCCUUAAUCCGAGUAGAAGAUACACCCUAGAGAUGGUGAUGAAAGAUCGUUGGAUGAAUACUGGCUAUGAAGACAAUGUAUUGUCACCGUAUAUCGAACCCGAACCAGAUUACACCGAUCCAGUACGUAUCGAAAUUAUGGUCAAUAUGGGCUUCAGUCGUGAUGAAAUAGAGAAGUCUUUAACUCAAGGCAAUUUCGAUGAUAUUAUGGCUACGUACCUCCUGCUUGAUAGAAGACGUUCUUCACUAGAUACAAGUUCACGUGAUGGUUCAAGUCUUUCUUUAAGGCAAAGUAAUCAUUUGCUUUCUGCUACACCAACUCCUGCAACUGUCCCAGUAAUGACUUCUGGUAGUGCUAGUUGCGCAAGUGCUAAUGCAGCAAGUGUAGAACAUACGUCGAAUAUCUGUUCGGAUGAUACUCCGUCCGUCCCAGUCGCAAAUACAAAUGCUUUAUCUAUGACUCAAAAUGCACAUUCAAGCUCGAAAUUCGCUGUUACUUCUGGAGGAGGAACUCGUUCUACAAGUACAACGCCUCCCAGUACAGUAACCGUGGUGAAUAAUGGCACUAAUAACAAACCAGCUGUCAAUAUAAUAACACCAUCAUCUGUUUCUGGAUCAGAAAGUCCAGGCCCUAUGGGUACCAGCACAAUAAGUCCUAUCUCACCUAUCAAUUUGGCAGCUACUAACACAUAUUCAACACCAAGUGGAAAUGCAAAUGUCAACUUUAAUACAGCUCUCAAUGCAAUUGAUACAUCGUGUCCAUCUAGCAAUACUGAAUCGGUUAAACUGAUGCGAAGUGAUCUUGUCCGAGCUUCAGAUCGUCCUGGUCGUGAAGAAUCUGGUCGAAUAUUGGCGCGAUUACGAGGUAUUACAGACGAAAUGGCUACCCCAGUUGUCGGUGGUGGUGGACUGACAGCUUAUCCAAACGUUCCAGGUCAACGAAUCAGUAUUGAUGCUGGUACCAGCACUGUGCGUCCUACUACUGCUGGUCAAAGGAAACCUGUUCCAAUGACUUCAACAGGCUUAGGUACAAAUGCAAAAGUUUCACCAAGUUCUAAUGUGUCCAUGGCACGUCGUACUCAUACGCUUAAUUACGGUACCACAACCUCAACAUCUGGAACUUCUCAUACUGGAGAUCAACAACAUUCCGGUAGACGUACACAAAUAAGUUCAAACACCAGUGGUCGAAAUGCAGGUUUUGAUAGUCCUAAUCCUAGAAACUCUGUUGCGCUUUCUGGUAUCACUGGUUUAUCUAGUGGUCUUCCUGUUUCCCCCUUAUCCACUGGCAAUUCAUCCGAUAAGUCUACAUCUGGUACUUCAAGCACAGGCGGUAACAAUCAGGUUACGACUAAUGGAGCUGGGAGAUUACCAUCUCAUGAAAUUCGCAGCCACGUUACUCCUGCACUUGUUCCUAUGACCACUCGUACAACUAAAGUACAUCAUGGUGCAAACAUAUCUGGAGGAACUGGCGGUGGUUACCAUGCAGGUUUAUUACUGGAAAGGUCUGCAACUGUAAGUGCCAGUGGUUCUAAUUCUAGUGGAAAUGGAACAUCGUCAAGUCAAAGCUCUUCAACACGUGGUGGAGGUGAUUCUGUUGGAACUGGAGAUUUACAUCGUCAUCAAACAGGUCCUAAUGCUUCCAGCCGAAGCGGAAUGGGCACAUCAGCUAAUCAGGCGUCGUCCAUUGCUUCGUCUGCUGCUGCUGGGCGUCGUGGAGUAUCCAUUACUAGUGCCAACAGUAACACAGCAUCUGGAGUUAACAAUGGUACAGGAACAAUCAUGGAGACUACACCUUUUCCUAGACUUACACCAGAACGUCGUACUAUUCAUUCACCAAAUCAACCAAACAUUGAAUUUGAUUUUGAUACGUCGAAUACAAAUCCUGGUAAUACUAUAGCUGCUCGAUGUAUGAAUGUACCUCUUGCUGGGGCUGGGACAGCAAACAGUAGUGGCAUGUCCCAUUUAACUCCUUCCGGUACUGGAGGUCUUACAUUCUUCAAGGCACUUACUUCCAAAAUUGGUAGACGAGGACCCAACACAGGAGCUAUGGGAAAUGUAUCUCAUACACUCACUGGGGGCACUGACAUUUCGAAUAUACCAUUCUCUACAGCCGAAUCUAAUAUCGGAGCUUCUACAACCAGUUCAGGAUCAGGAUAUAUACCUGGAGAGUCAGCCUUCUCUGAUAUUAGCGUACAUGGAGGUUAUAACGAACCUGUAAGUCAAGCAACUCCGGGUGGUAGUUCUGCAGGUUCUCCAGUUUCUCAAGGUGGCAAUCAGACUAUUUCACACACAGAUGAUAGUGUUAACGAUCAGACCAAACCACGAAGUUUACGUUUUACCUGGUCUAUGAAGACAACCAGCAGUAUGUGUCCAGAUGAUAUGAUUAAGGAAAUCAAAAAGGUUCUUGCAGCAAACAACUGUGAAUACGACCAACGCGAAAGAUAUCUCCUCAUAUGUGAACACGGAGAUCCAAGCACAGAUGCAAACGUUCAAUGGGAAAUGGAAGUCUGUAAACUUCCUCGUCUGUCUCUUAAUGGAGUUCGUUUCAAAAGAAUUUCGGGAACUUCUAUUGGGUUUAAAAAUAUCGCUUCCAAGAUUGCUAAUGACCUCAAACUUUGACCGAUAACACUUUCGUUCGUCUGUCAAUCUAUUUUAUAUAUCACAGUACAUGAUGUUAUUUAUCUGUGUAUACUCAAAGUGCCAGAUUGUAGCUAUUCAUGAAAUCUUUUGGCUAUCACCAACACUUAUGCUCAAAAGUGUGGUAGUUUUUAUUCAGCACUUCUUCAUGUUUUUCUCCCCAAAAGCUUUGACAUCUUUUUCUUGACAUGUAGCCCAUAAUGACAAGUGUUUAAUAAUUUCGGGUUCACUAUUUGUCUGUAUGCGUUUCAUCUGUGUACGCAUUUGUACAGGCCUGAUAAUAACGCCCACCUCGUUAAUAUGUAGAUGUUAAAUUUCAAAAGCCUAAUACCAUCUGGUUUGUAUUUUUGUGGUUAUUUUCAACGGGAUUAUCUUCAGACAUGUUUUGUAUUCUUUAUUUUGCUGAACUUAUACACUGAGAUGUGUACUCCAUUCAUCGCACUAAUGCCAAUCGCAUUCGAUCGUAUAUUGUUCUGAAAGUAUCCUCAGGAUUUGUUAUUAAAGAUAUUCAUUUAUUUGUUCAUUUACCUUAUUAUAUGUGGUUAAAUACCUAUGCAUACUACCUUUUCAUUGGUGCUCAGUAGUGAAGAUGAAAUAAUUGAUGAAAGUAAUGACAUUGUCUUCUGUGUCGUAUAAAUAUUUUUUUAUAUCCUUACUUUUAUCUGAAUACAUCGUUAUUGUUGGCAGGCUUGUAUUUUACUAUGCUGGAUAUUUCGAGGCAGUAAUGAUGCGGGGAUCUUCUAUAGUAAAUGUAUGUGUAUACACUACAUGUUGGUUUUCCUAUUCAGUGUUUCCGAGCUCUAUUCAUUUUCAUCAUUAUGUUCUAUUCUGUUUUUUUAUGUAACUUCUUUCCACAUUUCUCAGCCACCUUCAUCUUUUCACUUUUACUGGAUAUCAGCUUGUUGGUUUUACAUGUGUAUUAAUGUUAUUAUUUUGUCCAGAGAUUUGGUAUCUUUGACAUCUUUAGCCCUUUUCCAUAUAUAUAUAUAUAUAUAUAUAUACGUACUGGCUCACUGUUGUUUUUGUUAUUGUUGUUUUAUUUUCUGAAUACCACCUAUUGUUCUGUUAACUUUUUCUUCAACGAGUACAGUAAUAAUACACACUAUCUCUUAUUUAGUAGUCCUUUUCUUUUGCUUCAACAUAUUCAUGCGCCGCUUGUUAUCAAAAACAAUUAUUUUCAAGGUACUGUAUAAGUAGUAGUAAAGUAGAAGAUUCUUUGAAUCUCGUAUCAAGCAUGUCACCUGUUGUCCUUAUUUUAGGGAAUGAUAGUGUAUUUAUUAGACAACAACACUGUGAAUUGUUGUGUUUCUAUUUCUUGUAACUUUUCUUUACUGUAUGGUCUUUUUAAGUUAUCCUAGUAUGCAUUCAUUCGUUCUAUGAAUAGAUUUUGAGGCCUUUAAGCGUUAUCAUUAAAGGUGCCCUCUCUCUCUCUGUAUGUUCUCUAACUGAAUCUCGUAACCGAUACUAAUACACAUGACGCUGAGUAAGUAAGUGAACAUAAAUUAUAAAUGCACUUUUUUUGAAUAGUCACACAUAUUACUCUUUCAUCAAGUGCAUUUUUCCAAAUGUACAAACCCUAUCUUGCUGUUUAUACACCAAAACUAUUUCCACUGUUUGUAUGUCUUGGAUAUUCUCUUUUAUUUCUUGUUGGGGUUUUUUUUACAACACCUCAUUGUUAAUUUCUAAACACUAGCUUCUACAUAUUUUUUGUUUUCCAUUUGUGAUAUGGUGAUUCCACUUUAAUUUAACUCUGUACAAGGUAUUUAUUUUAAAUGUUGGUUUUACACCCUGUCAAUCACAAACAGUUAUUAUUAUUAUUAUUUUUCUGAUGAUGUUUCGAAGUUAUUCUCUCCUGUCCUCCUCUAAACACUCCCCCCGCCACCCCAACCCUUCCCCCUUACCAAUUUUGUGUGUUUGUGUGUAGUUAUUUCAUUAUGUGAUACCAAUAAACUGCAACUCCUCUAAUGAUGGAGUCUAUUUUCACUCUAUAUGGUUUAGUGUUUCUUCAUAUCGAGUUCUCUUUCUAUUCGUGUGCGCACUUCAUAUACAAUGUCAUGCACACACAUACACACACACCCUGCAUACAUACAUCACCUGCACUGUUUAAUUAUUCAUCUCUAUCUAUAUUUGUAUAUGUGUAAAAUUACGAUUAAAAAUGACUUUUUUUAGCGAGUGAAAUCAGUUAGCAUGAAUUGAAUGCUUGUUUGUUUAUUUGUUUGUUUUCUAAAUGGGAAGGACUCAUGUUAUUCUUCAUAGGUUUUCGCCGGUGACUUUUUUGCGAAAAAAAAUGAAAAUGCAGUUUGUGCUUCCCGUUAUUAUUGGAGAAGAGGAAGAAAGUAAAGAAGGAGAAGAAGAAAGAUUUCACUUAUGUCAUUAUCAUCUUUAUUUCUUUGUUUGUUUUACUCUCCUGCCUUUCCUAAUUGAUUAGCUGUGACUAAAUGCUAUGUGUGUGUUAAACUUAUGCUCGCAGAGCAAAAAAUUUAUAUAUUUAGUAGGCAGUAUAUAAUAAUAAUAAUAAUAACAAUAAUAUUAAUAAUAAUAAAAGGGGAUUAUCACCUUACCUUAAUGGUAAUUAGCAUUAUAAAAUAAAGCACUGUUUGUACUUAAAGAAAAAUACCCUGUGUUAUAAAAUAAUACAUAUACAUAAUGCAUAUAUUUACACUGUUACCAUCCAAAAUGUGUGUUUGCUUUAUCCCUUGUCUUUUUUUUGUUUGUCUUUUAAAACGUUUGUGCGAUUCAUUUAGUUCAGAGAAGUUGUUCUUCAACUAUUAUCUCUUGUAUUAUCCAUUUUUAAAAGGCUACAUCGAUUUCGCACGCACGCACGCACACAUAUAAAUCAUCUUGUCCAACUUCGCAUUGCAUAUAUAUAUAUAAUUCUAAUCUUCCAUAUUUACUAAGAUUCAACAACCACGUGAUCAUUUUAAUGCACUUAAUUGUGUAGAAUUACUGCUACAAACGAAUGAAACUAGUGUUUUACAAGUUGACUUCUUUCUUUUGAUUGGCUAUUGGCUACAGCGGUUCGCAGUUCCAGUUUAUGUGACAUAUUUUUUUGAAGUAAACUAAAGGUAUCCAACAUGAUAUAUAUAUAUAUAUAUAUAUAU